AGUUUUUCAAGUCACAAACACGCACGCAGAAGAGGGUGUGUGUGGUGUGAGGGCUCUUUUCGAUCUACUGCUUGCUGCUUCUUUUCCCUGUUGUUGACUCCCUAACUGAAAACAACCUGCCUUCUUCUUCUUUUCAACUUUUUUUCAAACCUUUAUACCCCCCCCCUCUCUCUCUCUCUUCUUCAUUCGCUCUGCUUUGAAAGAAAAGAAGUACGAUCGAUCAUACUUGCUUUUCCAACGUAGCAACAGUAGCGAAAACAAUAACAGCAACGCCGUCAAUCACAUAUCGACUUUUCUUUUCUUGUGAAACGGGCAGAGUACACUAUUACUUACCUGGGAAACAAAAAAAGCAACACAACAGCCUUCCUUUUUCCCUCCAACCUACAAACUUUCUUGAACGAACACCCGUGCAACAGCGGCAGCAGCAUCGACAAUGCUCAAGCAGAUACCGACGCCUUCGCCCGACGAUUUGCGAACAGCAUUGGGACCUGAUUACGCAAGUGAUUUCGAUCAAGACAAGGUGACAUGUUGGCUUCAAGAAAAAGGGUGGGGCCAUAUCGCCAGCACGUUCCAAGAUCACGAUAUCCACGGCGAGGAAUUUUUCAACAUUACGCUGGCCAAGCUGGUGGAGAUUUUACCACGCCAGGUCACCACCUAUGCCGAGCGACGGAGACUUCUAAAUGAUAUCAGAGCGCUCGGGACGCCUGCAGUCUUGGAUGGCCAGCUGUCUCCACUUGCAGCCCCAGCUAAUAUCUCCAUCAACACAAACGUCCAUCCAUCGUACGGCAAUCGUAGCCCCAGCAUCCCUUCUGCAGGCACGCCAACCUCAUCGGGUCAGCUGGCCAGCAGCAACUCGCCUACGACGCCCUUGAGUGCUUCGCGCUGCGACUGUCAUUCGAGCAGUGCACACGCCCACCUGAUGGACCAUGCAAAAGAAGGCAGCGGCAUCAGUUUUAUUUCCCGUCACAACUCGCCCUCUCCCUCGCCUUCUUCUUCAGAGUUUCCUUCUUCCACAACCACUACAAACAAUAACAGCAGCACUACACCCGUCCAUUCACGUGCAAGUCGCCAAUCUCCCACCCGCUAUUCUCCCAAGGUAGCCUUUUCAAAGUUUCGAAACACGUUCCUGUACAGUAGCAGCGGCUCUACACAACAACAUCAUCAUCAUCAUCACAGUCAUCAUAACCACCACCAUCAUCAUCAUCAUCAGCAGCAGCAGCAGCAGCCUCAAAACCAGAUACCCUCCCAAAUACCAUCUUCAUCAUCUACAACAACACAAUCAUUCAGUUUAUCACCGUCAUUGACACCUUCUUCUUGUACCACCAGCACCACUCCUAUUACUACGCCUACAACUGGCACUACCUCUAAUAAUCACACCUGUGCUACUACUCCAUCACCACCUCCAGGACAACAGCCAUUGAUCAGUCCACGCACAUCGUCCAUGAACUACGACGCCGCUGCAUUUGAUGCUGAAACAGAAGAACGCAUGAAGCAACAUCAUCAUCAUCAUCAUCAUCAUCAUUACACGUCCAAAUUCUCGUCUACGCCUGAUAAACUGUCCAAGAUAUGGGCAGCUUAUUCAAACUGGCGAUCGCCCACAUCACAUCGAACCUCCAAGGGGCAUCAGCAGCAACAGCAUGCUAGUGCAACAACAGCGACGUCAAGUACAUCACCAACGUCGUCCUCAUCCUCAUCAGGGGUAACAACCACAACACCAUUACCAUCGGAUAACGGUGCUACUACUACUACUAGUACUAAAGCACCACCCAAUAAAAGCGCGCUAGGGCUAGCAACGCAUAAACGGUUUACAGAACAAAGAAUCCAAGUGACGAGUGACAAAGAAACCUGGUACAGCGUUGUUGUCACCGACAUUCGUGAUCCCGAGUGUCUCAAGGACAGGAUUCUAAAGAGAUUGGAUGUCCAAGGCAACCGAGACGAGUUUUACUAUUUCCAUGAGAACGGACCGGAUCCAGAAACGCCAUUGGCCUCGCAGGACAUCAUGUACCUUUGCUCUAUUGCUGAUCAUUCCGCCAAUCAACAUAUCCUCGUUUGUUUUGCACCCAACUAUCAGCACCCGUCCACAGCAGGGCUUGUUCGUCAGCAACAACAACAGCAGCAGCAGCAGCCACCGUACACAGAAAACCGGUACUUGCGUGCGAUCGAUACUCACCAAUACUACGAUCACCAGCAACAACAACCCCCUUCAGCUGCUUUUUAUGGCAAUUCAGCUUAUUCCCUCUCGACCCCAGAGCUCGGUCAUUCUCCUUCAGAUACCCCUUCAUCACCCCAUCUCAAUACCACUCACAAAUCACACAGUCCAGUCAGCGCUGGCGAUGGCGGCUUGCAAGAGUCCAGCCCAUUCAUAUUUCCCAGCAAAGUGUGUCGACACAGUAGCCGUGAAAUAUUACGCGCGUCCCCCUAUGAUGAACCUGUUGGUGUUCAGCUUUCCGAUCCACCGACACCCUGCCAGCCCGAAGACAUGUAUGAGCAUCCUACCCAACCCCAUGCGUCAGAGAGCAGUGACAUUAAAUACCAACGACAACGUACCGGAAGCGUUCCGUAUAUUCAUGAGCCCCACUUGACCGCAAACAGCACUGUCAAUCAUGACGAUCCGAGGUGGACUCGACGUUCAGAGCCAACAUUCGAUCAUCGAACCCGACGACCGAUCCAUCCAGGAGGAGAAGGCAGUAGUAGCGCCAGCAGUAGCAGUGGCAGCAGCAAUGGUAGUGGCCUCUGGGCUGUUCCGCCCCGAACCAGUUGCCCAAAUCUUGCAGAGACGCAUCAAAGACACCAGCUGCAACAACAGCACAGACCAACUGCACAAUUAUGGGCAGUAGCGCCAUCUACUGUACACCCACUGCAACGUAACGAUGGAACCAUGCACGAUGGAUCAUCUGACGAUGCUAGUACCAGAACCAGCAGCACCCCACCUGCAUCUCCGCGCGAGUUCUGGGGCGAACGACCACCUGCCGAAGUCGUGUGUCAGAACAUGGACAAGUACUUUGACAACCAUGAUCUAGACAAGGAGAUUGUUGUCGGUGGACAGCUGCAGCAACCGGUACCCCUGCAGCAACAACGACCUCAACAGCAACAACCUAUCAAUCGACGACUGACGCACACAAAAUCGAUCCGUAUUGUAGCCCGCGAGGCGAGCAAGAAAUACAAUCGGGCGCGCAAAGCCUCAGCCAAAGGAGGGUCGAUCCUGCGGCGCAAAAGUACCAAGCUCUGGGGCCAACGGGUCGUGGAGGUCAAGCCCAAGGAGCAACUGCAACUCGUGCGCGAACAGGAAUACAGCAUGAACAUGAGCCAUAACGGCAGUACGACGCAUGAUGGACAAUCCGUACAAUGGAUCAGGGGUAAACUGAUCGGCAAAGGAUCGUUUGGCCGCGUGUAUUUGGCUUUCAAUGUAGCCACGGGCGAAGUAAUUGCUGUCAAGCAGGUCGAAAUACCCAAAACCAAAUCAGAUCUGUUGGACAGCCAUCAGCAUGACAUGGUCGAUGCUUUGUAUCAAGAAAUCGCCAUGCUACGUGACUUGGAUCAUGACAACAUUGUCCAAUACCUGGGAUACGGUCGAGACGACAGCGAGGGUGUCGUCAACAUCUUUUUGGAAUAUGUUUCGGGCGGUAGUAUUUCCAGUCGAUUGGCGUUGCAUGGUGCUUUUGAAGAGCCCUUGGUGCGCCAUUUCACGCGUCAAAUCUGUAUGGGUAUCGAGUAUCUGCACUCAAGGAGCAUCCUUCAUCGGGACAUCAAAGCUGCCAAUAUUCUAGUAGAAGGGGAUGGUGUAUGCAAGAUCUCUGACUUUGGUUUAUCCAAGAAGAACGAUUAUGAUGAAGUGUAUGAUCAAAACUCGCGCAUGUCCUUACGAGGUUCCGUUUAUUGGAUGGCACCUGAAGUAGUCAAGAACGAGCCGUAUAGCGCCAAAGUUGAUAUUUGGAGCUUGGGCUGCACAGUGAUUGAAAUGUUUACUGGUCAACGACCUUGGCUAACACUUAACCAAAUUGCGACUCUUUACAAUCUUGGUUGCCAAAAGUCACCCGACGUUCCCGAAGACAUGUCUGAUGUUGGCAAAGAUUUCCUAAGACAAUGCUUUCAAAUUGAUCCGAGCAAACGGCCCACGGCUGCUCAAUUGCUAUCACAUCCUUUCUGCGUACCUGAUCCAACCUUUGAGUUUACGGACUAUGUCAACAAGGGCAAAGUCUAGAAAGACCUUCAACGCAUUUGUAUCAACCCCUCUUCCAUUUAACCUUUACUAAACACAACCAUCACAUCAACAAACACAAACCCACUCACAUAUUUCGCUCAAUACCAAUAUCUCUCUACCUCACCCAACUCCUUUCUUCUUCUAGCAUGCACCCUCUUUCUUCUGUUUCUUCUUUCUUUCUUUUGCUCUCUAGUACGUAAUUCAACUUGGUUUCCUUUGCUUUCCCCUCCUUCCACACCGCUUAAUACAUCCAUCGUCUUUUUCUUUUUCUCUUCUUCAUUCGCAAAAAACAUAAAACAAAAAAGUAAUUUUACAUAUUUGCAGCAACUUUUGAAC